AUGAGCGAGAACAACGUCAACAAUAGUACCGCCCAGGCACCGGCGCCCCACGUUGCAGCACAACAGGCAGGCAUCAUUGUUCCAGGAUCCGAUGCCCCGUUGCCACCCCAUCUCGCGUGGGCACUACAGGCAGCACCUUCAUCUGGGAUCGAUCCACUUUCAGGGCUAGCGUGGGCUUCCGAUCCCUCCAUACCACUUGAUCUCGGUGACUACCCAUCUCUUGUGGGCUCUUGGCGAUCCACCGGAUGGGGAACUUCCACAAAGGCCGCUCGCACAAACCAGACCCAGGAUGCGAACCAGACUGCCAACACCAGCAACAGGGCCUUGACACGCAUGAACAAUGGCCACAACAACAAUUACAAAUUCAUCGAGGACCAGCAUGGCAAUGCGAUCAACGGGUACGUGCUCCGGGAGCUUCUCAAGUAUGGUCGACGGCUUCUCGAUUCAAUCAUUGACAACAACGGUCUUGGCGAGCUCCACGCGAGAUGGAGCGACGUGCCACUACAAGAGUGCAUCUUCUUCUGGUACCUCUUUGAGAAGCAGUACCCUGUCCUUCGCUUCUGCUCUGCCCAUUGGAAAUGCGACAAGAUUGGCUCGAGGACCUAUACCAACUGGAGAAAGCAGGCGGUUAUACGACGUCGACGCAAUGUUGCUGCCGGCACUGCUGUUGCCCAGCCGGCUCCCGAGAUUCAGGCGGCUCCUUCAACUGCAGCUCCCCAGGCUCCGGCAGACUCUCAUGGUGACCCUCUGCCUCUCACCGGUGACCCUUCUCCCAGUGUGCUGGAUGCCCAGGGCCCUAUGGACACUGACACCGGUGCAUUGGCUGCGGAGCCGAACACUACUGAGAUGGCUGCUGGUGAUGUCACCAUUAAUCUCCAUGACAGGAGCGGCGAGCUCACCGCCGACCAGUACUGUGGGCUGGUUGAUGCACUGACAGACCCCCUAUCUAGUAUGGACUUUGCGGUUGAGCCGUCCGAUGCCCUCCCGACCAGCACCACUCUCCCUGCCUAUAAUCACACAGAAAACGGUGGCGAGGCCCACACCGACAACAACAGCGACUCAGCCGCUGUUUGUACCCCUGCAAAGCGCAAGUCAACCACUGCACCGUCAGCUCCACGCAAACGAGGUCGCCCCGCAAAAAUGAUGGCCAUGCCAAAGAAGAUCACGAACGCAAUGCUCUACUAUGCAGUCAACCACUUCGUAGUGACAGUCAAGGGGGCGAAGGACGAGUGUGAGGGCAGGUGGAGCAAGAUGUCGGAUGAGGAAAAGGCGCCGUUCAUUGUCGGGUUCACAAAACUCAAGGACGAGGAGAAGGCCACGAAGAAGGCUGCUAAGCAAUCUGCCAAGCACGCUGCUCCCAAACCCACCGAAAAGGCCGCCACAUCCUCCUCAUCUUCUACCUUGGACUAA